AUGUCAUCACUCCUCUUCCUCUUGCCCUUCCUCAUCCUCUCCCCCACCUCGUCGCUGGAGUUCCGUUACCACAGCAACCGUGAGAUCGAGCAGUACCUGCAGGAGAUUGGCACCUCCAACCCCGAAAUCGCACACGUGUACAGCAUCGGCCAGUCCGUCAGAGGUCAGCAGCUGUGGGUGUUGGUUCUGGGUCUAAGUCCUCGGAGUCACACCCUCGGGAUCCCAGAGUUCAAAUAUGUGGCCAACAUGCAUGGAAACGAGGUUCUCGGCCGAGUGCUGCUGCUCCAGCUCGUGGACGACCUGGUGCGUGGUUACCGCAGCAAUGAAUCUUGGUCGCUGCAGCUGCUGGAGAGCACCCGCAUCCACAUCCUCCCCACGAUGAACCCUGACGGCUUCGACGAGGCGGGUACACACUGCCAGUACAGCCAGGGCAGGUUCAACCAUAACGGCGUCGAUCUGAACAGGAACUUCCCAGACGUCUUCGCUGGUCUCCGACGGCAACAGAAGCCUGAUGAGGAGAAGAGGGAGGCAGAGGUCCGGGCUGUGAUUGGCUGGUUGAAGACUGAGACUUUUGUUCUCUCUGCAAAUCUUCAUGGAGGAGCUCUGGUGGCCAGUUACCCCUAUGACAACAGCAACGGGGGCAGCGAGCAAGUGUUCGGGGCCAGCGUCGCCCCUGACGACGACGUGUUUGUUAACCUGGCCAAGGUUUACUCCCACAACCACGGCUCCAUGCAUCGCGGCGACGGCUGCGAUGUCGGAGCAUCAUUCGUAGACGGCAUCACCAACGGAUACCUGUGGUAUCCUCUGGAAGGUGGGAUGCAGGACUACAACUACGUGUGGGCUCAGUGUCUGGAGCUGACUCUGGAAGUUUCCUGCUGCAAGUUUCCUCCAGUCAGUGAACUUCCUGCUCUGUGGGCGGACAACAGGAAGUCGCUGCUCGCCUUCAUCCAGCAGGUCCACCUGGGGGUCAAAGGUCAUGUGUUUGACGGCUCCGGGGUGCCGGUGCAGAACGCUCUUGUGGAGGUCAAAGGUCGCAAGAACACGUGUCCGUUCCGAACCGACCGACACGGAGAAUACUUCAGACUCCUGCUGCCCGGAACCUACAGCUUCACAGUGACUUACCCGGGUCACAAGGUUCUGACGGAGACACUCACCGUGCCGUACGGCCCCGACCUGUACUCCGCCAUGAAACACGACUUCCUGCUGCAACGCACCAACGCUAAUUCCACCCAGGCUAACCCUACCAGUGUUUCCCGCACCUCCACCCCCACCUGUAACUACACGUUAAGCCUGGAGGGAGGUAGCGCCGUCACCAUGCCCACAUGGAUGGGGCUGAGUGCGGCGCUCGUGUCUGCGGCGGCGCUCCAAUACGUGACUGACUGA